UUGGAAUUAGUUUCAUAUCAGCCAAUAAUGCAUGUAGAAAUGCGGAAAUGGAAGUUGGAGAAGGAUGGGAUUUUGAAAAGGUCAGAAAGGAGGCCGAAGAGAAAUGGGAGAUUGAGCUCGAAAAAAUAGCGAUCCAAGGAGGUAGCGAUAAGAACAAGAAAAUUUUUUACAGUGGAUUAUAUAGGAGCAUGAUUCUUCCGAGUGAUCGAACCGGGGAAAAUCCGAGAUGGAGAUCUUAUGAUAGCGGAGGAAAUCUUAUACCUUAUUAUGAUGAUAUCUUUACUUUGAGAGUGGUGGAUAUUGCAAGAUCUUUGAUCGAUAUCUAUGAAAAUGAAGGAUUCAUGCCGGAUGGCAGAAGUGGAAUGUAUAAUAGUAUUGCGAGGGGCGGAUCGAAUGGGGACUUGGUAUUGUCCGAGUUAUUUCUUAAAAAUCUUGGAAAAGGCAAAAUUGACUGGAACCUUGGUUACAAGGCGAUGUUAAAAAAUGCGCUUGCUGAACCAUGGUCACGAGGAUCAAAUGAAGGACGAAUGUUCUUAAGGUUUUAUAAGGAAUAUGGAUACCUGCCCUUAAUGAAAUCCUUCGAAAAUUGGAAUAGAUACAGGGACCAAGGAAUGUGCAGUAAGACAAUGGAGUAUACAACCAAUGAUUUUGCGAUUGCGUGCGUUGCAAAAGGUUUAAAGAAGAAAGAUGAUUACGAAAGAUUUAUACAACGUUCCAACUAUUGGCGAUAUUUAUGGGACUCUAAUACGACUGUUGAUGGUGUCCAGGGAUUUAUAAGACCAAUACAUUGGGGUGAGAGGGAUAAGUCAUUGUUUGGUGUUUUUAGAACAUCAACGUAUACCGAUUUUUAUGAAGGUUCAUUUUGGGAAUACAGCUUAAAUGUCCCACAUGAUGUAAACAUGCUUAUUAAGUACGCACGUGGUCCAAGAGAAUUCGAAAAAAGAUUGGAUACCACUUUCUCAAACAAAGGAUACAACAAUAAUUACUUUAGCAUCCAACACAUUCCAAGUUUAUUUCACCCUAAUCUAUAUCAUUACAUUGGAAAACAAUAUAAAAGCGUGCAAGUUAUCAGAGAUAUAAUGAAAAAGAAGUUCGGAACUGGGAAAAAUGGGUUGCCUGGUCAUGAUGAGUCUGGAGUUUAUAGUUGCUGGUAUAUUUUCAAUGCUAUUGGGAUAUAUCCAAUUGGUGGACAAGACAUAUACCUAAUAAAUUCACCACAUUUCACAAACACCACAAUUUACCUUUCGCCGACCAUAACCUUUUCAAUACUGGCAAAUAAUCUCAAUAGUCAGAACAUCUAUAUUCAAUCAGCGAAACUGAAUGGAAGGGACUUGAAAAAUACCUGGUUUAGGCACGGCGAUAUUUCCAAAGGUGGUAUCCUGGAAUUGGAAAUGGGCAAUGAAAUUUCAAAGGUUUGGGGAGUUUUAAGCGAAGAUACAAGUGAUGCUAAAGAAUGGUUUGGCAAGAGUAAAAUCGUUGCACCGCCCAGUGCUUCCGAUUAA